CAUGAGUGGCGGCAACCACUAGCGAUAUCGCUCACUAGAAUCUCAUUGAAACCGUGCCGAAUUGGUCUGACGACUACAUGUGUUCCUCUUGCGGGCCAUGCUCACAGCCAUUGCUCGCUUCUCAUAGAUUGCGAGGCACCCCCAAGUCGAUUCAUGUCUAUCAGCCUACAGCCUAGCCAUUUGCAGCACCACUCAACAUUCCAGAGUAGCAGAAUCGCGUUUUCUGGGAGACCAUGAACCUCAAGCCGCGCUCCGCAAGCGCCAGUGGCUGCCUUGUUGCUGCUCUGGCUCUCGCUUCGCUAGGCUCGGCGGCUGCCCUAUCUAGUAACACUUCACCCAACGUUGUGCAGUCACUUAGAGCUCGUGACGACGAUGAUGGCCUCAGGAAUCCAAACAAUUUUGGCUGGGUCCAAAAUUGGGCUGCGAUAGGAGACAGCUUCACAGCUGGCAUUGGCUCGGGCAACCAGCUCGGCAGCAGGCUCAAGCUUGACAAGGUUUGGGAGUGCUCGCGAUACGACUAUUCCUAUGUCCAGAUUGUCGACAAUGCUCUGGGCUCGAGUGUCAAGAGAUUCCAGUUCGAGGCCUGUAGCGGUGACAGGACAGCUCAGAUCUACGACCAGGUAGAUACUCUGCGCAACGAUCUCGACUUAGUGAUGAUGACGGCAGGCGGUAAUGAUCUCUGCCUAGGCGCUAUGAUCAGGACCUGUGUCAUUCUGGCUUGGGAUGGAGAGGCCGCAUGCCAAGCCCUUAUCGACAAGGCGCAGGAGAACAUUGACACGAUCCUCAAGGACAACAUCCGGGAUGUCCUGGACAAGCUCAACAGCAAGAUGAAGAAGGACAGUAUCCUUGUCUACUCGGGCUACGCGCCCUUCUUCAAUACCGAGAACGAGGACUGCGCCGACCUGAACAAGCAGAACUGGGCCAUAAGGGCCUGGCAAUGGUUUGAGUUCUGGACCUGGCUAAGAUCGCCGCUCCGACUAACGAUCGAGCGCCGCAAGAAGUUCAACAACCUCGUUGUGGGAAUCAAUAAGGUCAUCUCUGAGGUCGUAGAGGAGUAUGAUAAGGACACACAGAUUAAAUUCCGUGCUGUCUUCUCCGACUGGAGUGACUGGCCUAGCCUCGUUGACGGAGAAUUCUGCUCGCCCAAAUCCACUGGCUUGUACCCGGACCCAGCGCAACCUAAUCUCUUGUUCAUCAAGUUCGACACUGCUGCUGCCGCUGCCAGCGAGAACCUCGAGGCGAUGGAAGAAGAGACGCGGCAGUUUGAGGAGUAUCGAAAACAAUUCCGCGGCCGCCUGUCCCGCGAGUACAUGUACGACACCCUGCUGUGGAAAUCCGCCAAUCCUGCUGCCGACGUGCUCCACAAGCUCGACGCCCGCGCCCCUGCCCCCCCGGGCUGCCCGGGUGAUAACCUCCCCAGUACCCCUCGGGGUAUAGGAGUUCCCGAUUCUUUCCUCUCGAUAUUUCAUCCUAAUAAAGCUGGACACGAGGCUAUUGCAGCCUAUGGGCUCCAGAAUAUCGCCUACAUGCGGGCCAAGGUGCUCGGCGUGGACGAUGGUCUGUGCGCAGCUCCCAAGGACGAGUUCACAUGCUGGCAGAAGACGGGAAAGAAGGCCUACGUCGAAUUCGCACGCGUGAACGAGAACUACAAGGACUUCUGCAACAAUAAGGUCAAGCAGCCAGAUAACACGAUCAACUGGCGCGCCGAGCACACUUACCAUCAGGGCACGCCCGAUGAGCAUACCUUUGUGCUGCAGCUGAGCGGGGGCUCGGACGAGUAUGACAAGGAAAAGUGUAUCGAAACUUUCGACCGUAUCAUUAAUAGCUGUGAUGGUGGUGAUCGCAACAACCCAAAGAACUUCAAGUUUGGCGGGAGAUGGAUCAGGGGCAACUAUGACUACCAGAUCAACCCCAAGAAGGACCGCAAAAUGAUUCAGAAGCGCAGCGGCACCUGCAAGGGCAAAUGGAAGUUCCUAUUCACCUCUUACCGCAUCCACGGCCGCGGCUGGGCCUCGUCGGACUGGGGCCAGCGCACUCUGCUCAAGUCGAUGCGUGAUUGCGGCUCUGCUGUCACAGGCUGGAAGUUUGAAUACUGCCCUACGGGCUGUGGUGACAACAACGAGUACGAGUGGACGGCCAAGUUCAACCUGCCCGUGUACGGCGGGGCGGCGUGCAUGAAGAACAACUGGGUGCCUCGCCAACACGACGCCGAGUGGACCGGCGAGGGUAGCGAGAAACUUGGCUGUCCGGGUGCAGCCUGAUCGGCGACGAGUGAUGUUGAGUGAAUGCCGAGGGUGACUGCCGGUGCCUCUUUGGUAAUCACAAUUCCUACAGAGGCACGCAGAAAAACCUGCAUGUUUUUGGCAUAGUAGAAGAC